AGUACAGUAUCAUAGUAAUAUAUCUGUAUAAUGAAGCGAAGGUAACGUUUAUUUGCCACCGGCGAAUUUCGGUGAUUUUGUUGUUAGAGAGUUUCAAUAGUUGAGUUAAAAAAAGUAAAGUUCACAAUGGGCUCAGAAGAUGUGCUCAAGAGUGCUUCAACACUGGCCUCUUAUAAUGUUCUGCUUCAGGUGAUGUUUCGAGUGUUGACGUUUCUCUUGAAUGCAUUUACUCUGCGGUUUGUGUCCAAGGAGCUGAUAGGCGUGGUAAAUGUUAGGUUGAUGCUGCUCUAUUCUACAUUGGUGUUUCUGUCUAGGGAGGCGUUCCGGAGGGCGUGUCUAAGCAGCGAAGGGGCGGGGCGUAACUGGAGACAAGUCAUCAACCUGUUAUGGCUCACAUUUCCUGUGGGUUGUGUGUGGGGUGUGCUGUUAGUGUGUGUGUGGUGGUGGGUGCUCCAGGCACCUGAUCCAGAGUCCAUCCCGCAUUAUGUUCCCGCAGUUGGAUUGUUCUGCCUAGCUGCACUUACAGAGCUGCUGGCUGAACCCCUCUGGGUUCUUGCACAUGCGCACAUGUUCGUCCGUUUGAAGGUGAUUGCCGAAAGCUUAGCCAUGAUUGCUAAAUGUCUUGUUACCGUCGUGAUGGUGGUCUCAGCACCUCAAUGGGGACUCUAUAUCUUCUCUGCUGCCCAGUGUGUCUAUGCAGGGUUUUUGUUGCUUUGUUACGUGUUAUACUUCAUCCAUUUCCUUGGCUCAGAGGAAGCAGAGAGUAAAUUGUUCCCUGUUAGUCACAUAACAGACCUUCUGCCAUCUAGAGUGGAUCACGAGCCACUACUAAACUGGAAGUUGACCACACUAACCUGGAGCUUUUUCAAGCAGUCAUUUCUCAAACAGAUACUUACAGAAGGCGAGCGUUAUGUGAUGACGUUUUUGAAUGUGCUUAACUUUGGAGACCAAGGGGUUUAUGAUAUAAUAAACAAUCUGGGCUCAAUGGUGGCUAGAUUUCUUUUUUUGCCCAUUGAGGAGAGUUUCUAUGUGUUCUUUGCUAAAGUCCUGGAGCGUGGACGAGAUGUACGACAUCAAAAACAAGAGGAAGUUUCCAUGGCAGCUGAAGUACUGGAAUAUCUUUUGAAGCUGGUGCUUUUGAUUGGUCUGAUCAUCACAGUUUUUGGUUAUGCAUAUUCUCAUCUGGCACUUGAUAUCUACGGUGGGGAGCUUCUGAGCAGCGGAGCCGGGCCGGCUCUUCUACGGUGUUAUAGUUGUUAUGUUCUGCUGUUGGCCAUUAAUGGAGUAACAGAGUGUUUUGUUUUUGCUGCUAUGAGCAAAGAGGAGGUUGACAGAUAUAAUCUGGUGAUGCUGGGCAUGUCAGCAUCAUUUCUUCUCCUUUCUUAUUGGCUAACCUGGAUGUUAGGUGGCGUUGGCUUCAUUUUGGCUAAUUGCUGUAACAUGGCUUUACGAAUCACUCACAGUAUUGUUUACAUACAUCACUAUUUUCUGCAAAGUGAAUGCACACCUCUGUGGGGGCUCCGCCCACAUUCUGCUGUCAUUAUUGCACUUGGCGUGAGCUCCAUCCUCACAGCGUGCUCAGAGAGCAUGUUCUGCUGUGAUGGUGGCUGGUUGCUAAGGCUGGUUCAUGUUGCCGUGGGAGCAGUUUGUCUCCUGGGUGUAGUCGUCACAGCAUUUUUUACGGAAACGAGACUUGUGCAGUUUGUUAGGACUCAGUUGUUACUGAAAUAUAGCAAGAAACAUACAUGAGCUUUUACUUUGAAAGCUGCUGAUGCCUAAACCUCACUGAGGUGCAGCUGACACUAACAUGUCAUGGACCAGAAAAAUUAAUAACCAGAAAUAAAUACUGUGUGUAAUUUUUCACAAACAUAUUUUGUUUUCUUUAAAUUUUUUCAAUUUUUGCUGCAGAAGAUGCAGUACUUCUAUGUUCGGUUUUGAUUAUGACAUCAAAAGUAGUUCACUACGAUACUGACGGUUUGACGGUUCCUAUUCCUACAGGACAUAUCUUAUAGAAUAUUUUAUUGAUUGAUUACAAAACAAAUACAGAGAAUAUUGCAACGUAAUGCAAAUAUAUCAAGGGGUCCCCCAGUAUGCAACUACUGCUCCAAUGUGCCUGUCAUUCCUUCAUCACUAUGAAAUACUACAAAUGCAUUGAUUGUUCAUCUUUUGAACAGUAAUGCUUAUUUUUAAUUAGACAUACCAGAGGUGUACAUUGAUAAUGGUACCCUUUGCAUAAUGUUACUAUUAGAUAUACUGUAGCUGUAUAAAUCAGUGGUGAAUUUUGUAUGAAUGAUUGUUUACAUGAAUGAUGUACAAAAUGGUUUUACAUAUAAUAAAUUCAAAUGAU